ACUAAGGUAUGGUCAAAUGUUCUAGUCCUUACGGGGACUAAGUGCUAGUUAAAUGGUUCUCGACCAUUGACGGUGUCUUGAGAAGGUUGAAAGUUCUGGACGUCACCCGUGACAUCCACCCACAACGACAGCGCAUUGAAGACUGAAGGCGUGCACCCACAGUCCACAGAAGCCGAGUCUGGAAGACACUGGCUACUGGAGACAAACAAGCCAUAAAAAAUCAAAACCAUUUGAAAAUGAGUGGAGAUGACCAGCAUGGAUGCUCGCUGGACUGUCCGGUGUGCAUGGAGGCUUACAACACCGACAACCACCUCCCAAAGAUGAUGAGUUGCCUACACACCACGUGUGCCGACUGCAUAGUCAACAUGACUAGAGUCAAGGCUACAAAUACUGAAAAUGCGCCGCAACCUGCAGGGACUCAGACUGAAGAACGCGUGGAGCCAAGUCGAGAGGCAACACUUACACCAGAUCAGUUUUUUGCUGAUCUGAGAGCUUCGCUGAUGCUGCGCCAGACGCGACCUACCGUCGUCACCCAGAGGAGGGUGGCUCUGCCCAGCCGCAGCGUCCCUUCGACUGUGCGGUACACCGUGGCGUCGCCUCUUGAAAGGCCCGGAGUGUUCAGAUCCCUGGGGGCCUCUGUAGCUUCCCCUAAGCCAGUUGUCAAAACCCAAACUUCAAGAUUAGUCAAGGAGAUUCCGAAAAACGUCGAAUUUUUCUGCCCAAUAUGCCGAGCAAAAAUCAACACAAACAAUGUUCAGACAAACAGGUACAUAAUUGCUCAUUUGGAAGACCUGGAAAGGCUGAAAAAUGCCAAACCACAAAUUCCAGCGGAACUAAAGCCAGAACCACCUGCUGUUUUCCCUCGCCAAGUUAGGACUUCAAAUAUACAAAAAAUUGAUGCGAUAAAAAGCGACUGGUGUGAAGAGUGUCACGCUCUCGCCACCGUCAAUAAAUGCACCAACCAUGAACGAAUUCCACUAGCAGAGUGGAACGAAAGUCAAUCAGUGAAGCUGCGCGAGCGGACCUUACAGAUGGAGAAGAAGGCCGACAUGCAGAAAGAGAACUUGCUGGUGCUGGAGGGAGAACUGCGCACUAUCUUGGCCACCACUGGAACCUUGCUCAGUAAGGUUGAGUCGCAGCGGAAGGAGUGGAGCCGCAUCAAAGUUCUCCUGCAGCAGCUCAAGAGCGACUGCGACCCAACGGCGCUCAAGACCCCCGGCAAGCCUCCCAUCGGCAUGUUACCGGAGACCGACGCAACCGUCCGGGCCAGGAGGGAAACUGCCUUGAAAAUUCAAGAGCUUACGAAGUUACUGUACGUGAUAAAGGACGAGUCAGCCAAGAUGGAGAAUGACGGGGUGGUGGACGGCGACUGCAUUGUCUGGCAGGGCGACAACAAACUCUACAUGAAGAACGGCAAUAAAACCUUCAGUAUAGUCAGAGAAGAUGCCGAUUAUGUUUCGUGAGAAUACUUAGUAAUUAUUUUACUUAUUAGUUCAUUGCAAUGAAAUUGAUUCUGCACAACCUCUGAAAGAGAUUUCUAUUAUUGUUAGAAUUGACAAAACUUGUUUACGUAUAAUGAGUUAUUGUUAUGUUUUCGGAUAUAAUUUGAGUUGUUUACGCUAGUUUGCAAUAGAAUUAUGAAAUUAAUUAUUUAUACAUGAAUAGGCGUGUCAGUUCCAAAUUAAGUAAGAGGUCGAGCGAUAAAACAUGUGCACGGUAAUUCAUUAAAUAAUUUCUUCAUAAAGUAACAUUAAAAUUGCUUCUUGCCGUAUUUUCUUCGUGGGAUUACUCCGUAACUCCAAUUUUGUUGCAGAUGCCCAUAUCCUUCGGAUAAAUCUGUAUAUUAAAAAUACGUGAUAUUAAAAGCC